AUGGCUAUGAGACCCAUCUCGUCUAAUGUCUGCACACCUACUGAAAAAAUAGCCGCUUGGUUAGUAGACGAGAUGAGAAAAUAUCCCAUUAGGCACGGAUCAAGUGUGAAGAAUUCGCGAGAAUUAGUAGCACAAAUCCAAGAUACAGUUGUACGACGGGGAGAAAUUCUGGUUUCGUUCGAUGUUAGUGCUCUAUUUCCGAGUGUGCCAGUCCCCGCUGCUAUAAAAAGCUUACGGGAACAUUUAGAGAGAAAUCGGGCUCCCCCCAUUCACAUCGAAGCUUACAUAACGGUGGUGAAAGAAUGUAUGAGCCAGAACUUCUUCACAUUUAGGGAAAAAAUCUUCAAACAAGAAUUUGGCCUUAGUAUGGGGAGUAAACUCUCACCCCUCCUGGCUGAAGCGUUCAUGAGUGACUUUGAAGUCGAAUUGAAAAACGAAAAGCUUUUCCCCAGAGUUUGGAAACGGUAUGUCGAUGAUGUUUUCGCGAUCGUAAAAGAAAGGCACCUGCCGCAAACUCUAGAUUUACUAAAUUCUCGAUACCCCACCAUAAAAUUUACAGUGGAAAAAGAAGCGGAUGGAAAAUUACCUUUCUUGGACUUGUUAAUAACCAAGAAACAGGACAACACUCUGAAAUUCGGAAUCUAUAGAAAACCAACGUCCACAGAUCGAUACAUCACAUCUGAUUCCAAUCAUUUUGGCGCCCAAAAACAAGCGGCCUUCCAUUCCAUGGCACACCGUCUUGUCCAUAUCCCUAUGGAAGAAGAAGACUUCAUAGCAGAAAAAGAAAAUAUAUAUAAAGCUGCCAAAAUUAAUGGAUACGACAAACAGUUUGUCGACAGAAUCAUCCGGGUACAUGAACGCAAGAAACAUAAACAAAAUGUAACCACUCUACAGCCAGAGAGGGAGAACAUCGAAAGAAUCAGCAUACCGUUUUAUCCCAAAAUCACAAACCCGAUAAAAAAUAUUUUAAAACGACAUGGCUAUCACGCGGUUUACAAAAGUAAUACUACCAUACGUGAUUCACUGUGCAACGCGAAGGAUAAGGUUCCUACCAAAGAUAGGUCAGGAAUCUACCAAAUCAACUGUAAAGACUGCCCAUCAAUAUAUAUCGGCCAAACUCGUCGUAAAAUCCAAGCCAGGAUAAAGGAGCAUAGGAAUGCAACAGAGAACAAACGCAUAAACGACUCCAGUGUGGCGAUGCAUGCCAUUAGUCUUCAACAUCAAAUAGACUGGGACAGUGCAAAAAUGUUAAAAAAUGUGAGAAAAUCGUCACACUUAAAUGCCUGGGAGUCUAUGCAAAUAUCUACAGCUGAGCAACCGCUAAUGAACGAGGACGAUGCUCCAAUAAUAUCGCCGCUCUUCAGUUUGACUAAGUUAAGGAUGUAA